CGCCAAGCCAUCCUGAGAAUGCGAGUUAGCGUUCAGUCUUUAGCGUUUCUUCGCGCUUCCACCCGUGUGUCUUUGCCGUGGUUCAGUGCGGAGAAAAAUCGGCCGGGGUUUCAGUUGAAUUAAGUGUUUUUUUCGCAGAUAAGUUUCAGUGUUGUCGCUUUCUCCAUCGACCCAACGAAAAUGGCUGAAAGUAAGGGUGCGUUGAUCGCGAAAACCGUGCAAAAACACGCAGGCAGAGCGAAGGAGAAGUUUCUCCAAAAUCUGGGCAAAGUAGAUAGAACAGCGGACGAUAUAUUUGACGAGCACCUGCAGAACUUUAUAAGGCAACAGAAUGCUGCCAACAGACUCCAGAAAGAGUUCAAUAAUUACAUCAGGUGUGUUAGAGCGGUACAAGCAGCUUCAAAGACCCUGAUGGAUUCGCUAAACGAGAUCUACGAAAGUCAGUGGACUGGCCAUGAUCUGUUGUACGUGCAAGCUCAGAAUCUGGACAUGCUGUGGCAAGACUUUACUCAUAAGCUUGCGGAUCAAGUUCUCGUGCCUCUCAACACAUAUCAAAGUCAAUUCCCCGAAAUGAGGAAAAAGAUCGACAAGCGUGGACGGAAGCUCGUAGACUACGACAGCCAGAGACAUAAUUUUCAAUCGUUGCAAUGUAAUCCAAGGAAGCGAGACGAACUUAAAGUUACACGAGGAAAGGAAUUACUGGAGGAAGCUAAGCGUACAUACGAGCAACUGAACUCAGAACUUCAUGACGAGCUGCCCGCCUUAUACGACUCUCGCGUUCUUUUCCUCGUUACCAAUUUGCAGACCUUAUUCGCUGCCGAGCAAGUCUUUCAUACUGAGAGUGCCAAGGUAUAUUCUGAAUUGGAGGCAAUCGUCGAUAAAUUGGCCAACGAAAGUCAGAGGGGAUCAUACACAUUGAAGAAAAAUACAGAGCCACAGUCACCAAAAUCACCUAAUGCUAAUUCUUCUUUAAUAAUCAACACGCAGCCAGCUCAAAACAAUAUUUCUCCAGCUGUGGACGACUCAGCUCCGGCAGCAAGAAACACCUCACCAACUACUCAAUUAAAUGGCAAUGCUAACAGCAAUGCUAACAGCAAUGCUAACAGCAAUGCAAACAGCAAUGCUAACAGCAAUGCUAAUAGCAAUGAUAAUUCCCUGAAUAAUCAGGAUGCAUCUCCGCAAAGUACAGCCACUAUCUCCAAACGAGUCAAAGUAUUGUACGAUAUACCAUUUGGGGCAACGACUGACAACUUACCGCCUGGCGUUUUGUAUAGAGUCAAGGCUACUUACAAGUAUAGACGCGAUGAUGCGGACGAAUUGUCGUUCGAUGUUGGUGAUAUCAUUCGUGUGGUAGAGUAUGAUGAUCCAGAAGAACAGGAACAAGGUUGGUUAAUGGGUAUCAAGGAAGGUACGGACGAGAAGGGUAUGUUCCCAGCAAAUUUCACGAAACCGCUGUGAGAGCUUUACCAUAUCCAGCUAUUACACUCCAAUGCUCACUGAAACAGCGUAUUCUAUUUUAAGAAUAGUUUCAACAUUAAAAGUGAGAGUCACACAGUCAUCUGAGGUAUUAUAUAUAGAAAUGAAAAGAAAUAACACAAUGGGGGACUCUGGGAAGGAAAGAGGGUGUGAUAAGAUAGUUAUGCUGGAGGGUACAGUGGAGAAUUGAACACCCCGAAAUGCCUUAACCCAGCCACUGUCUGUGCCAACAUUCAUUGUCUGUAAUAUGAAAUUUAUUCUCUCAUAUCUGAUGUACGAAUACACAUCAUUAAUAAUUGAAUGGAAUAUUUAAGUAAUUAAAUAAUAUAUUGUAAUACGUCAUGCAAUAUUAUAAUAUAAAAAUCUAUAUAUUAAAUUAAUAUUAUUUUAUGAAAUUGUACAUAGAAUUAUACAAUUUAAGAAUAUUUUAUGGAAUAACUUUGUGGCCACUGAAAUUAUUGUUAAGAAUUAAUAUAAUGAUUAAGAAUCCUCUGCAAUACCUUUUUUCUACAGAGGAUUAUUAUGAAAUUUUGAACAUUCAAUUGCCAAUCUGCAUUCAUGUAUUAAGAAGUUAUGAUCCUUGCACAUAUUAUGAAAAAAAAA